AUGUCCACCACCAUCACACAACGACCCAUCAAAAGGCUCCUGGUUGCAAACAGAGGAGAGAUUGCAAUCCGCAUCUUACAGUCGACUCGAGAAUUACCAGAUCCGCCGGAAACGUAUUGCCUCUAUACAUUCAAUGAUUCGACACACAUCACGCUAGGACGACCAGAUCAUGCAUUAGAGAUACCCUCGCCAGCAACAUACAUGGAUGUUUCCGCACUUUUACAACUAGUAAAAGACAAAGACAUCGACACCAUACAUCCCGGUUAUGGUUUCCUAUCCGAAAGCGCCGACUUUGCUCAACAAAUGUUGGAGCAAGCAAAUUGCAUGGUGAUCGGGCCUGGACACGGCAUCCUCAGCACCACCGGAGAUAAACUGGAAGCCAAGAAACUUGCUGCUCAGUACAAUGUACCCGUCUUACAAGCCAUGACAAGGCCAUCUCAGGACCUCGAAGACGUUAAAGGAUUUGCAAGCAAAGUAGGCUUUCCGGUCAUGAUCAAAGCCGCAGAUGGUGGAGGAGGCAGAGGGAUCAGAUUAGUCAGCUCAGCAGCAGAAUUGCAAACAGCAGUACAGAGAUGCAUCGCCGAAAGUCCUUCAGGCAAGGUAUUCGCAGAAAAGGCAGCUGUGGAUGGCUUCAAGCACAUCGAAGUCCAAAUUAUUGGUGAUGGACAAGGUGGAGUCAAGCAUGUUUGGGAAAGAGAUUGCAGCAUGCAACGACGCUUCCAGAAGAUCGUCGAGGUUGCACCUGCCGUAGUAGAAGAUCGAAAGACUGCGGUCCAAGUUAUUGCGGCGGCGAUCCGCAUGGCACAAGGAAUCAACUAUCUCGGUCUAGGAACUUUCGAGUUCCUUGUCAAUGUCGACAAGAAGGAGUUCUACUUCCUAGAGAUCAACCCCAGGAUUCAGGUGGAGCACACAAUCAGCGAGAGUAUAGCGGAUAUCGACUUGGUGCAUGAGCAACUUCUGCUAGCUCAAGGAUUGACAGAUCAUAUCGCCGACCUACCCACCACAGCAGACACGAGACCGCCUUCCAAAUUCUCUGUGCAGCUAAGAUUAUGCGCGGAGGACCCGCAUGCGGACUUUUCACUCAGCACUGGCAAGAUCACACAAGCAAGAUUCCCGAGCGGAAACGGUGUUCGAGUAGACACACAUAUCGUGCGAGGUGCUGUGGUAGGAUCAGAGUUUGAUAAUCUUCUAGCGAAGAUCAUUAUCACAGCAUCGAGCUGGCCAAGAGUGGUAGCCAAAGCACGUCGAGCACUCGAAGAUACAGAAGUCGUUGGCGUAAAGACCAACUUGGAUCUGCUUCGAGCGAUUGUUGCAGACCAAGCAUUCAAGAGCGGCACAGCAGACAAUCGAUGGCUAGAGAAAAACGUCAAGAGGUUGCUAGCAACUGGCGAGAAGAUUGGUGANAGACAUAAAAAUCUGAACGCCGGCUUACCUGCUGUAAACGACUCUUCAGAUCGACCAAGCAGUGGAGGUGCAGCUGAAGGGGCGAUGUUACGGAGGGGUAACGCAUGGUCUUUAAGCCUGUCCCCAGUCGAAACGUCCAGAGAAAAGGCAUCACAAAAUCAUCAUGUGAGGAUCGAGAAAGUUUUGAAGAAUGAUUUUCCGGACUCGCUGUCGGCUGUUGUCGCAUUCAGCACGUCAGGUGCAGGAUCGCAAACAUUUCAGAUGUCACUGGAGAGCACGAGUGCAUCUCAAGCCGCAGUCGCUUCAAGGCACAAGAAAGGCGAUGCGAAGAACAAGAGGCAUGUCAUAUUGCCGAUGAACGGUAAGCUGGUAGAGAUGCUUGUCGAAGAAGGAGAAGAGGUGGAAGAAGGACAGGUGAUUGCAUUCGUGCGGCAGAUGAAGAUGGAGUUGGAGGUGCGAAGUCCGAGGUCAGGAGUAGUAACGUGGGCUCUUGAAUUAGAAGACGAAGAGGGUGACGAUGUAGAGCAAGGAGUGUUGCUCGCCGUGUUGAAAGAUGAGCAUGCGGCAAACUUGAGGGAGUCGAAGCUUUAG